AUGUCAUCGGCAAAUAAUCGUAUUCGUGCUCAAAGUAAUAAAAAUCGUUUAUUUUGGCGCAAUCCGCAGCGGCGGCGACCUGGCUUGCCAGAUUCUCUCUUGUCUAAAAAGAUGAAUGUUCAAAAUUGGCGCUCAAUGGCUAAGCCUAGUUCCGAUGAAUCUCAGGUUAAACCUACUAAUGAGGCCUAUGUUGACGACGAUGAUAAUGACUCCGAUAAUGAACAUUUGGUUCAGUCUGUUGUCAGUGCAGUAAUUCCGGCACUUCAACCUCCUACGAAUCCUAAAUCAAACGCAAAGGAUGAAGACACUGUAAGUCUUUACUUCUUAAUUUUGUCUUAUUUUAUAUAUCGUACUCAUGACUCUUUCGUGUGA